GGGUAGGUGAGUGGGGAGGGGCGGGAAGGGUGCACAUCUUGGGGAGGGGAGAGGCACAGCUAGGUGGGACGGCAGGGCUGGAAGGUGCCGCAGCGGGCGGGGCGGGCAGUAGGAGCGUCGGGAGUGGGCUGGAUGGGGCUGCUCGAGGGGAGACGCGCAACUGGACGUGGGGGGAGCAUCUGGGGUGAAGGAGCCCAUCCGAGGACGAGGGGCCAUGUCUAGAACGAAGAUGCAUAUUGCGGGGGAUGGUGGAUGUAACUGGGAGGAGGGGCCCACAGCUGGACUGGGGGCCGCAUCUGAGGAGGAGGGGACCACAGGUGAAUACUGGUGACACUUCCGAGGAGAACUAGCCACAAGUGGGGCACACACCUGUAGGCGAAGCGUGGAUAACUGCAUGUGGGGAGUACAUCUGGAGAUGAGAGUGUCUCAGGGAAGUCCCAGCUACAGCUGCAUGUGGCGAGCCGUAGGGUCAUAAUCGGGGGAAGGGGCAACAGCUGCACGCCAGAGACACAUCUGGGGAGUGCGGAGCCACAGGUGCAUGAAGCAUGUGACCGGGUGAGGGGUCCGUGGCCUGGAUGUGGGAGCACAUCUGGAGAUGGAGCGUCUUUGGAGGGGUUACAGCCAACUGUUGGCAACAUGGAAGGAGGAGUUCCAGAUGAAUACGAGCGCUAGAAGUUACUCUUGGGCCCCCAGGAUGGAGCGGCCGGAGCCCCCACCCGGCACUGCUGCGGGGCAGGAGGAGCAGGAGCUGCGGGAGCGGGCCUUCUUCUCGUGGGCCGAGUUCAGCCGCUUCUUCGACGCGUGGUGUCAGCAGCGGCUGGCGCUCUUCUUCGUUAAGAGCUCCAUGCACCUGGCGCGCUGCCGCUGGGCCAGUGCGCCCCCGCUCUACACGCUCAUCGACGUGCUCAAGUACAGCUACGUGCGGCUCGUGUGCAAGGACGUGCGUGCGCCCAGCCGGCCCGCCGUGGGGCCUCCCCAGCCCGGCUGCCCCGCCUUCAUCAUCGUCAAGCUGAGCCCGCUGCGGGACCGCCUCGUGGUGACGGAGUGCCAGCUGACCCACUCACACCCGGCCUGCCCGCUGGAGUUCGCCUACUACUUCCGCCCGGGCCACCUGCUGGCCAACGCCUGCCUGCCGGUGCGCACCACCAACAAGAUCUCCAAGCAGUUCGUGGCCCCAGCCGACGUGCGCCGCCUGCUCUCCUACUGCAAGGGCCGCGACCACGGCGUCCUGGACGCCCUGCACGUGCUCGAGGGCCUCUUCCGCACCGACCCUGAGGCCAAGGUGAAGCUGGUGUUCGUGGAGGACCAGGCGGUGGUGGAGACGGUGUUCUUCCUGACGUCGCGCACCAGGGCGCUGCUGCGGCGCUUCCCGCGCAUGCUGCUGGUGGACCGGCUGCCGGGGCUGCAGGGCGCGCUGGAUCUGCUGGCCGUGCUGUGCGUGGACGGCUCGGGCCGUGCGCGCCAGGCUGCCUGCUGCGUGGCGCGCCCGGGCACACCGAGCCUGCUGCGCUUCGCGCUCGCGUCACUGCUGCAGAGCGUGCCAGACGUCAAGGGCCGCGUGCGCUGCCUCACCGCCGGGCCCGAGGUGGCGGCGCAGUUGCCUGCAGUGCGCCAGCUGCUGCCCUGCGCGCGCGUGCAGAUCUGCCGCGCGCAGGGCCUGGAGACGCUCUUCAGCAAGGCGCAGGAGCUGGGCGGCGCCGGCCGCGAGGACCCGGGCCUGUGGUCGCGCCUCUGCCGCCUGGCAGGCGCGUCGUCGCCCGCAGCCUACGACGAGGCGCUGGCCGAGCUCCACGCCCACGGCCCGGCCGCUUUCGUGGACUACUUCGAGCGCAACUGGGAGCCCCGCCGCGACAUGUGGGUCCGCUUCCGCGCCUUCGAGGCGGCCCGAGACCUGGACGCGUGCGCCCUGGUGCGAGGCCACCGUCGGCGACUGCUGCGUCGUCUCAGCCCCUCGCGUGGCGUGGCGCAGUGCCUUCGCGACCUGGUGGCCAUGCAGUGGGCCGACGCAGCCGGGGAGGCGGUGCCCGAGGGGCCCGAUGGCGGGGAGCCUUGGCUGGAGGAUAAGCCAGGGAGGGGGGCCCAGGCGGAGAACGAGAGGGUGAGGGGCCUGGAGACGGGCGACUGGGGAGGGGCUCCGAAAGAAGGAAGUAUUUGGAGGGGAGCCCAGAUGGAGAAGGAGUGGGUAAGAGCACUGGACACCAGAGACUGGGGCGGGGCUCAGUUCGAAGGUGAGAAGGGGAGGGCACUGCAGAUCAGAGAUUGGAGAGGGGGUCAAUUGGAGAAUCAGAAGCCCAGGGGACUGGAAGGGGGUGUGUUGAGAGGGUCGCAGUUGGAGAAAGGGCACCUGAGAGGACCAGAGAUUAGAGACUGGAGGGGGCCCCAGUUGGAGGGUGAGAAAGAUUGGGGACUGGAAGGUUAUGUCUGGAGGGGGGCCCAGUUGGAGGAUCGCAGGAGUAGAGCGCUGGAGACCACCGACCUGAGGGGGACCCAGUUUGACUAUGAGAGGGUCAGGAGUCUUGAAGGAAGCCCCUGGAGGGGGGCGCAGGUGCACGAUGAAAGGGCAGGGGGACUGAGAACUGCGGAAUGGAAGGGGCCACAGUCAGAAGUAGAGAAGGGCAGGGGGCUGGAGAUCAGAAACUUGAGGGGGAUCCCCUUGGAGAAGUCCCUGGAGUUGGCCCCUGAGAAGGGAGACCAAAGGGGACCCCAGUGGGAAGAUGAGAGGAGGAGAGGGCCAGAGAUUGCAGAGGAGAGGGGAGCGAGGGUGGGGGUCAAAAGAAGAAGGGGCCUGGAAGAUGUAAUUCUGGUCCAGCUGGGAGACACGAGGGUCACAGGCAUGGAGAAUGGAGAUGGACGGGGAGCCCGGUCCGUGGGCCCCAAGAGCCGAGCUGGACGAGGGAUGGAGUGGGGAGACGCAGGAGGGCGGUGUCUAGGGCUGGGGAAUGGAGUCGUGUCUGGCACCCCGGUGGGGACUGUAUUGGAAGGCAGCCCAGAAUGGGCAGCGGCGAGGAGUGAACACCUGGCUGCAGGUGACGGCCUGCAGGAAGGAGGCGAAGAUGGCCCCAGGGAACCAAAGAGGCUUUGCCGACCCGCGGGAGAGGAGGAGGUGGACUGGGAACCCCUGGCCAAAUUCCGGGCAGCCUGCGGGCCAGAGCUGGCAGACCUGGUGGCUGAGGAGUUGGCCUUUGCUAGGCAGCAUGGGACCCGGGGUUUCCACUGGACUGGAGAUGGCUUUGCCCUUAAGGACGGCACCUCGGACUUCUUCCUGGAUGGGGCCCUGACACGCUGCAGCUGCUCAAUUCACGCCGCCCGCCGUCUGCCCUGCAGACACCUCUUUGCAGCGCGCCUCCUCACUGGGGCUGCCUUAUUCCACAUGGACCUGCUCAGGGAUUGCUGGGGGAGAGCCCCAGAGCCCUGACCCUUCAUGCCUCUGCCCACCACCCUCCACCAGGAGGGCCGAGGGCAUUCUUCGAUCCCAAAGAUAAUAGGGCUGAGGCCAAGGAGACCGCUCCAGUCCCCCUGGCCACCUCCUGGGUCAUCCAGGGACUUCCUCAUGGCAGUUUGCCUCUCUGGGUCCAAGGGCAAGCUGUAAGUGGUCUCUGAGGUCCUGGAACCACAGCUUGGGAAGGUGUUGAUGGCCAGGGCGGAUUCUGAGGGCUUCCCUCUGGAGAGGAAGCAUGUGAUGAAAGGUGUAGACAGGGUCAGGCUGGGGCAGAAGGAAGGAAAGGGGCAGAGCUGGGGGGAGGGGGAGGAAGCGAUGAUAUGGGGAGUAUCUGGCAGGAGUAGACUGGCCAGUCUAGGGAGUGCAGGGGGGAGAGGGGAAAGGGAGAAAGUACAGAAGACAGAUGAAGGAGAGGAGGUAAGCGAGAAAAAAUGGAAAGGGGAGCCAGAAAUGGAGGAGAGAGGACAAGCAAAGAGACAGAAAUGAAAACAUGAGGAAAAGCUGGGGGAAGCAGGAGAGGAAGGGACGGGAUGUAGGAGGGGGAAGAAAAAUCGGAGAUGAGACAAAGGAAAUGUGUGGGAGAUGGGUAGAGAAGAAAUGGAAGGGGCGUGGUUUUGGUUUUUCUCCAAGACCUUGACACAUCGACCCCCUUCGCCUUCUGAAGAGAGAGGGAGGGCGGGCACUGGGGGUCAGGAGAGUCUCCAGCAGGGGAGGGGAAUUGUUUGGACUAUUGUUCUUCAGGAUUGGAAUAAAACAAUCUUAUUUUGGUC